ACCAAAGAGUCAUCCCCCUCUCACCACACACACCACACAUAUACACAUACAUCAUGGCUGACUAUAUAACUGAUUCAUCAUCUGAUUUUACUGAAUAUUGGAUUGAUUUAUUCCUCGGUAUAAAAGGUAACGAAUACUUUUGUGAUAUUGAUGAUGAAUACAUUCGAGAUAGGUUCAACCUCACUGGUUUGAACCAAGAAGUAUCCAAGCUUCCUACCCUUAUUGAUAUAAUAACUGACUUGAUCGAUUUAGAUAGUCAACCCGAGGACCAACGUGAUACUCUUGAACACAAUGCUCGCAUAUUGUAUGGAUUAAUUCAUGCCAGAUACAUCUUGACUUCCCGAGGUCUUAACAAGAUGUUUGAAAAAUUUAGAAAUGGAGAUUUUGGCUAUUGUCCAAGAAUAAACUGUCAGUUACAUCCUUUGUUGCCUAUUGGGCUUAAUGAUUCUCCAAGAGUUGCUAGUGUUAAGUUAUAUUGUGCUAAAUGUGAAGAUUUAUUCAAUCCGAAAUCUAAUAGACAUGCAGUUAUAGAUGGGGCUUAUUUCGGUACUUCCUUCCCUGCAAUGUUUUUCCAAAACUUUCCCAAUGCUAUACCUAUACAUUCCAAGGAAACGUAUGUUCCAAGGGUGUUUGGGUUCAAAUUGCAUGAAUACUCUCAAUUGAAUCGAUGGAGACAUUUGCAAAGAAUGAAAUUAGAGCUGAGGUUGGUUAAACUGGGUAUUAAUGUCCUGAAUGUUAAUGGAGGUUUUAUUGAAGUUGAACAAAGACAGGAGGAGCGAUAAAUAGGGUUAUUUACAAUAGUUGUACUAGUAUACGGUUGCUUGCUGUUUUUGUCGAUUGUGAGAGUAAUAUCUGUAGAGUGCUCAUUUCAUUAAUAUACAUAAAGAAUACUUGCAAUAUCUUUUGCUCUUUAGCUUCAGCACCCGACACAGUUGGAAUGUAUG